AUGGAAGGCACUCACUGCACCCUCCAAUUGCGUAAGCCCAUUACCGAACUCUGCUACAUCAGCUUCUAUCUUCCAAGAGGAGAAGUCAGAGGAUUUUCAUACAAGGGCACCGUAACUCUAGACAGAGCCAAUAAAGGGUUUCAUAACUGCUACCAAGUCAGGGAGGGGUCAGACAUCAUCAGCCUCAGCCUGCAGCCGAAUGAACAUCCAGGCGACAUAUUUUUCAAGCAGACUCCCACGAAAGACAUUCUCACUGAGCUGUACAAACUCACAGCAGAGAGGGAGAGACUGCUGGCCAAUCUGCUGAGCUCAGACCACAUCCUGGGCAUUACCAUGGGGAACCAGGAAGGGAAGCUGCCGGAGCUGUCGGUGAGCCUGGCCCCCGAGGACGAUGGUUUCCAGGGUGCUGACGACUGGCAGGGGGAGCCCCCCGUGGGCUGUCUCAAUAAGAGGAGCACCCAUGGGAACAAAAAGCCCCGGAGGUUUGGUGGAAGGAGGGAGAGCUUUGAGACGCUUCCGCACAAGAGGACAAGAAGAAAAGGGCGUGGGCGCCAGGUAUCAGCUCCGCAGAUGGGGAAGGACCAGGUCUGUUCCAGCAACUCCCUUCCUCUUUCUCGAGUGAGGCCUAAUCUUUGGCUUCUAGAGGAGAGAGGCAACUUGUUCCCAAAUGGGGUACUUACCUCUUCCCUGCAGAGGACAGAGAGCUGCCCUCUAGAGAUCUCCAGGACACUGGGCCCGGACCCUGGCUUCAGGAGCUUUGGGUUGGCUUCUGAGGAUGCUGAGCUUGGAAGAGGAGGGCUGCCCGCUGCCUGCAGCUCCGCAGAGCCAGGAGGUGGGGAUACCUGGGGGCCGCAGAGGGGGCCUCAAUGGCUGGCACAUCAGCAAACAGGUUUGUCUGAAAGUCACGAGGACCCUGAGAAGCAUCCAGAGGCAGAAGGGGGCCAGAGGGAGAAGUCUGCUGAGAAGACUUGCAGGAAGAAACCUGUUUCCAAAGUGGUGGCUAAAGUCCAGGAUCUGUCGGCUCAGGUGCAAAGAGUAGUUACAACGCAUCCCGAGGGUGAGGGGAGACUUGCCGUUUGCCCCACGGCCCAAGUGGAGUUUAUACCCAGAGUGGACUUGCUUACCAUCCCAGGAGAUGAGGCGGGGCCCCGUGGCUCCAGGCAGCGGGGCAAGGAGCAGCAAAGGGACAGGUCAUUACAGUCAUCAGCCAGGAAACGUGCACCAGCCAGCACUGAGUGGGCUGUGAACAAGGUCCUCUUGAAGGUGAUAGAGAGUGAGAAGUUAGACGAAGCCACUGAGGGGAAAAGGCUGGGCUUUCCCCUCAGCACGACAACCACCCACACCCUCCAAGAUGCUAGAAGCAAGAGGAGAGCUGGGCUGCCUCUGAGUGGCCACAAAACCUUGUUUCUGGAUCUGCCCCACAGUGUAGGGCCCGACUCCUCACAACCCGGAGGUGAUGAGAAGAGGUCGUCCCCUCCAGCACUGGCAGCUCCCAGUAUGGUAUUUAAUAAUUCAUCCUCUCAGUCCGGCACACACAAACGGGUGUCACCUGUUCCCUUGCCUCUAUCUCCAAGGCUCCCCAGCCGUCAGCAGCAUCACAGGAUCCUCCGGCUCCCUCCACUGCCAGGCGAGAGGGAAGCCCCUCUUGAUGACUCUCCUGGUAGAAAGAGCAGUGCCUUCUCUGAGUCCCCCUCUGCUGACACCUUGGAGCCACUAUCCUCUGCGAAGGUCACGGAGACCAAAGGAGCCAGCUCGGCCUCCCUCAGAGCAGACCAACCUCGGUUGGUGCCUGGGGAACCUUUGGAAAAGAGCUUGGGGCCUGGGAAGACCACAGCUCAGCCCCAGCACCAGUCACCUCCAGGCAUCUCCUCCGAGGGCUUUCCUCGGGACUGUUUCAAUGAGCAGACAGCAACUAAAGACCUUCCCAACAGGGAUGGAGGUACAUGGGUCCUGGGGUAUAGAGCAGGACCAGCCUGUCCAUUUCUGCUCCACGAGGAGAGAGAGAAGGCAAACAGAAGCGAAUUGUACUUGGAUCUCCAUCCUGACCACAGCCCCACUGAGCAGGAUGACAGGACUCCUGGCCGACUCCAGGCUGUCUGGCCACCCCCAAAGACAAAAGACACAGAAGAAAAAGUGGGAUUGAAGUACACUGAAGCAGAAUACCAAGCUGCUAUUUUACACUUGAAGAGGGAGCACAAAGAAGAAAUUGAAAACCUGCAGGCUCAGUUUGAACUUGAGACCUUUCAUAUCCGAGGUGAGCAUGCAGUGAUAACAGCGAGGCUAGAAGAAACCAUUGAAAAUCUCAAGCAUGAGAUAGAACACCGAUGGCGAGGAGGAUGUGAAGAGAUGAGAGAUGUAUCUAUCUCCACCGACGAUGACUGCCCUCCAAAGACUUACAGAAAUGUGUGCAUCCAGACAGACAGAGAGACUUUCCUCAAACCCUGCGAAGGUGAAGGCAAGACAACCAGAAGUAACCAAAUAAUACCCAAAAAACUGAAUAUCUCCUCUUUAAGCCAACUCUCUCCCCCAAAUGACAGCAAAGAUGUCCAUGUUCCUCUCCUGUCUGUGGAAGGCAUCUCUUUGAAUCAGCAGAAGGCAUCGCCUCCCCCUCCUGCACCACCCCUACUAACAAGCAUCCCUCCCCCUCCUCCCCUCCCACCUGGACUUGAAGCUUUGCCACCAGCACCUCCGCCACCACCUGUGAGCGCUGGACCGCCACCACCUCCGCCACCUCCUCUGCCUCCAAGUGCUGGGCCUCCCCCACCUCCUCCCCCGCCACCACUUCCUAACUUCUCCGCUCUGCCCAGCAGUGGGGGGCCACCUCCUGCUCCAGCACCCCCAGGACUUGCGCCUCCACCUCCUCCAGGACUCUUCUUUGGAGUCAGCUCUUCUAGCCAAUGUCCUCGGAAACCAGCCAUUGAACCCAGUUGUCCCAUGAAGCCUUUGUACUGGACUAGAAUACAAAUAAGUGAUAAGAGCCAAAAUGCUACACCAACCUUAUGGGAUUCCUUAGAAGAACCUGAUAUUCGAGAUACUAGUGAGUUUGAGUAUUUAUUCUCCAAAGACACAACUCAGCAGAAGAAAAAACCUCUGUCAGAGACCUAUGAGAAAAAAAACAAGGUCAAAAAGAUCAUCAAGUUAUUGGAUGGAAAACGAUCUCAAACUGUGGGAAUCUUGAUAUCGAGUUUGCAUUUAGAAAUGAAGGAUAUCCAGCAGGCCAUUUUCAAUGUGGAUGACUCUGUGGUUGAUCUGGAGACCCUGGCAGCCUUAUAUGAAAAUAGAGCCCAAGAGGAUGAAUUGGUUAAAAUAAGAAAGUAUUACGAGACAUCCAAAGAAGAAGAAUUGAAGCUGCUGGAUAAACCUGAGCAAUUUUUGCAUGAGUUAGCCCAGAUCCCUAACUUUGCUGAACGUGCCCAGUGCAUAAUCUUCAGAUCUGUCUUUUCUGAGGGUAUCACCUCCUUGCACCGAAAGGUAGAGAUCAUCACACGAGCUUCUAAGGGCUUGCUGCACAUGAAGAGUGUGAAGGAUAUUUUAGCUCUCAUUCUGGCUUUUGGAAAUUAUAUGAAUGGAGGAAAUAGAACUCGAGGACAAGCAGAUGGAUAUAGCUUAGAAAUCCUGCCCAAACUCAAGGACGUCAAAAGUCGGGAUAACGGGAUUAACCUGGUGGACUAUGUCGUGAAAUAUUACCUGCGUUACUAUGAUCAGGAAGCAGGAACAGAAAAGAGUGUUUUCCCCCUGCCCGAACCACAAGAUUUCUUUCUGGCCUCCCAAGUCAAGUUUGAAGACCUCAUAAAAGAUUUGAGAAAACUGAAGAGGCAACUAGAAGCAAGUGAGAAACAGAUGGCGAUGGUGUGCAAGGAGUCGCCAAAGGAGUAUCUCCAGCCUUUCAAGGACAAACUAGAAGAGUUCUUCCAGAAAGCCAAAAAAGAGCAUAAAAUGGAAGAAAGUCACUUGGAGAAUGCACAGAAAAGUUUUGAAACAACAGUAGGAUAUUUUGGGAUGAAGCCAAAGUCUGGUGAGAAGGAGAUCACACCCAACUACGUGUUUAUGGUGUGGUAUGAGUUCUGCAGUGACUUCAAGACGAUUUGGAAACGGGAAAGUAAAAGCAUAUCUAAAGAGAGGUUAAAAAUGGCUCAGGAAUCAGUCAGCAAGUUGACAUCAGAGAAGAAAGUGGAGACAAAGAAAAUCAACCCCACGGCUAGUCUGAAAGAAAGACUGCGUCAGAAGGAAGCCAGUGUGACCACCAACUAACACAGAGAUGUGAAAAGGAUGACAGCGGAGACGUAGUACCUUGUAUGAGCCUUUCCAACAUCACUGCUGCAGGAAGUUCUUGAAAGAUAUGUUACUAAAUGUCUGUUUUGCUCAUCUCAUUCUGAGGUCACCCACAGUGAGCACCCCGUGCCUUCUUGAAGAAAGUCCCUUAUUAAGCCACAGGAACAAUAAAAGCUGUUUGAGGGAGCAUUGCCAGAGUAUUUGAUAAUUGUUUCUUGUGGAGGUGCAAAGUCCACUCCCUCAUAAGACCAGAAAGAAUACCAAGAUUUUCCAAUUUUUUUUAGAAGUGGAGAUUUGAAGCUUUCUAACCAAAACUUGAUACAUGUAAACUUGUGACAGAAGAAAAGGAUCUUUUAUGACAUUUGCCUUGAGAGAGUUCAAGCCUUGGUCUUUACACACUGCUGGUUUGAUUAUUAGUCUUAAUUUUGGUCCUAUUGGAGCAAGAUCCGGAAGCAUCUUUCACCAAAACUGUUGAAACUUACCAAAACUAUUUUUAAAGAGGUCCAAGAUUAUGUAUCUCCCAGACUGGAGGAAUGGUUAUUUUGUUGUUCAUGUAAUGGAAAGAACAGAAAAUGGAGUAAUACAUGGGUGUCAGGAGGGGUUAAAUAACCGUAAACUUUGUCCUGGAGAAUGUGUUAUGAUACAAGGAGUUGACGUCAGCCAUUAAGCAAGACACAUUCUUUUGUUUUUAUAUCAGUUCUUUGUGUUUUCCUAAACCAACAGGGAUUCUCCACCUCAUUCCCAGAAGAAACAGUGAUACUUGAGCAGGGACAGACUUGGGGUCAAAGAACCUGCUUGGACAAGUAACCCGGGGACAGAGCACAUUUCACAUUUCAUAUCGUUCAUGAACGGCUAAUACCAUGUCGACAUGCAGCUGAGCUCUGCGUCUUGUUCAGGGUCUGUGAGUGGCUGGGCCUCUCCCGCCAACCCCACAAGGCAGCUUCCAGACAGGAGAGCAAAUGCUGCUCAGAGCCUUUUAUCGCAACCUUGACUGACAGGCGUGUACAGAGAGUGAAGCCAGGAGUCUUUGAUGUUGAAGAAAUUAAGGGCAGAAAAGAAAGUUCUCUACGUCCAAAUGAAAAGAAGAUGAUUACAUUAAUAUUCUACUUUUGAGUGGACUGUCAUGCAUAGGCAGCUUUUUCCGACCCUGGGAGCCCAUAAGACCACUGCCCCUUGAGUCACAAGAGAAACCACCUUGGACCUCUCCCCUGACAUUUUUUCUGUAAGCCAUCACUCUUCAAAUCUAUCUUAUGAAGGAAGAAUAAAGGGAACUGGGGGUAAGUUGUGAGUAGGAUCAGAGACUAUCAGGUUUUGACCUCGAAGGGAGAGAGAUCUAAACUUUCUCCUCCAAUUGGUAGAGAACAGUCAAGAGAUGAGCAAGAACCUUCAGACUCUCAGGAUCUGUCUGCCACGUGUAGCCUACCCCCUGCCCCAGCAUCUUCCCAGAAGCUUUCAACUUGCCAGGUUCCUGAGUGUCUACCCAGGACAUGCCUGCCAGUCUUCAGCCCCCUCAGGGACCUCAUAAUAGAUUCUGCUAAUUAAAACAGCACCAUAUCCUAAUAUAAUGCCCAUCUUGGGAAUCAAGGUUGCAUAGUCAGGAUCAAAUCAAGUCACAGAAGCCAUAUUCAUGCAGGUGCUAACCAUCUUUUCUAACCAUUCAAAAGAAAGGAAUAUGGUAACAUGCUUGGGUUGGUGGUUUUUUGUUUUGUUUUGUUUUUUCAAUUUAAAGUAAAAGGAUGAAAAGCAAAAUAGAAAAGCUGAUAAGAAACUUACAUGGCUAAAAGAAGGUGCUUUUGAGCAAGGAGCUUUUCAUACUAUCUUGUAUUGUUCCUCUUCAUUUUCAUUUAACCAUGAAGAAAAUCUAAGGAAUUCAAGAAUUUAAAAUAAAUCCCACUUACAGCCAUCUUGCACUCUGACAUUCCUCUUAGUAUUAUUGUGCAAAAGAAAAGUGCUUGUUUUGCCCAUGCCUUGGGAAUCAACGUUGAGUUCAGUGAGACCAAUACAAGUCUAGAUCCUUCUGGGUCUCAUACACUUGAUGGGAGAGAGCCCAAGAUGGCUUUCAGGGCAGUCACAUAGCCCAUUUCAGGUCUCUAAGUAGGAUGCUCACAAGAAAAUCACUGAAAGUAAAUAGGACUGUUACUUUGGCCAUGUAACCCUGCAAGAACAAGCUCUCAGAGAACCAAUGCUGGUGAACAAUGAGUAGAAACAUUUAAUUUGAGAGUUAGAGAUAUGCAGCCCAAGUUGAAUUUCAUCCUAGUGGACAAACUAGAAAUUGGCCAUAAAAUACCUGUUUCUUUACUCUUUAGAGUGAAGUUUGCCUGCCUCUGUUGGGGAAACCUCAUGAUUUUGUGAGACUGGUCAAACGUAGUAUGUUAGUGCAUUAAAACACCAGGGCAAAAGCCCCAUUAUUCUCACCCAGUUUGAAUCGUGCAUUAUAUGUCUGGAUGCUCCCUCCCCAGUCCACACGUGUACCACAUUGUUGACAUAGCCUUCAUUUCUACUCUAAGUUGAUGCUUAGUGAAGGUUCACAAGAGUUUGUUCAAGGUGGGCCAUCUGAAACAACCUGGAGGCUCUUAAAAUGGUCCCUCUAAAAUGCAGUAGAGCUUGUGUUCAGGGCAACUUUUCAUGGAGAGGAAGUAGUUGGGGUGACACUUAGCAGCUUGAGCAUUUCAGGCAAGCAGGGUUUAAGUAGCUGUUCUAACCACAGCCUUCCCUGAACUAGAUGGAGAGUGGCCCGUAUUACUACUCUGUCUUUUAACCACUCACACCAGACUUACUAGUCAGACUCUGAGAAACCUUAACUUACAAGCAACAUCGUCUCUUCCUAGCCAAGAUUCAUUAAAACCAAGGGCACAGUUGGAUAGUAGUUCAGAUUCUUGCAUGAGUAACUAGCAUAAUCAUUGAGCAUACAAGUAUAUCAGAUAUUAUACUAAAGCAUGCUAUAAACUCUUUAGAUAAAAACAUCAGGCCUGUGAGGUGUCAAAAAUCAGGUUAGAAGGAGGUGAGCUGUGUGGCUUUUAACCCAAGAAGAGGCAGCCUGUGGGAAUGGGGGUAGAGUGUGGCCAAGCAGAAAUGGGUGAAUAUAAUGAUGGUGGAGGCGCAGGGGUCACACGUGACGGACCUGCUGCCCAACAGUUGCCUUUUGAAUCCUUGAAUUGACAUCCCUGAUGUAUCUUCAGACACUCACUGCAAGUACCUAGGAAAUAUGGAGAAAGAACUUCUGAAAUCUGGGAAGGAGAGUAAGGAACCAAGUGGUGCUAUUCCAUCUUGAAAUGUUCUAGCUGGAACAAAUCGGCAACAUGGCUGAGGGAUUGAAUGCCACAUUGAGUGCUGGUCUCUGACCCUCUCAUGCCCCCUAGUAAGGAUAGUACAAGCUGCAUACUUGCUGGCCGUCCCUUAGUCACCUGCUUUUCCCAUAAAUACCAUAAGAAAAGGCGUUUCCUACAUGAGAAGCUCAUAUGCUGCUCGUGGAGAAACUGGGAAAACUGAAGGAAGGAAUAAAACUCUUUGGUGGUAUUGGAAACCUCCAAAAGGAUCAAGUCAUCAUCAGCUUGGUUCUUCCAAGGGCCAGGAUCAGACAUAGCAGAAGAGAUGUAAGUGUAUUUUUGGUGAAGAUUUACUUGUUGGCUUGGGAUUGCAUAUCUCUCCAUAGAUUAUUCUGACUCCUAUGGGGUAGUUUUUAUUUUAAUUAUUUUCUUGCUUUCUUGAACAUUAUAUUUUCUCAUUUCUAUUUCUACUUCCCCCUUGCCUGGUGUUAUUGACACAGAUCAUUGCACAUGGCAGCACAGCGAAGAGCAGUCGUCAGUGUGUGAAGGGGAAUUAGCAAUGCAGACCUGCGGGCUCUUUCCUAGUAACCAGACUGUACCAUUGAUAGGGGAACUUCCUCAUUCCCUGACAUUCUCAGUUGGUCUAUUUUGUAGUACUGUCCCUUCCCGGAACAAAGAUAAAAACCAAUCUGGGGCUUUCUGUGGCAAGGGUAGGGAAGAAGACCAAAAAUUAAGCUUUUGUUCCCCUGAAUAGCUGAUGUAAAUAUCAAAUUUUAUGAAAUAGUUAUUAUCUAAAAAUCGCAAACAAGAGCUCUUUUGAGCUUCAUUUUUCUUCGAUCUUGCCUCUUCUAAUCAAAAAAAAAAAUGACCGAAAGAAAGAAGGGAAAGAAAAAGCAUCAGCAGAUUUGGCAAUCCACAAAUUAUUUAACUCCUGAAUCACAGAAAGUGAGCAGACUGUGAAAUGCAAUGUUGUAGAAGUCCUGAGCACAUAAGAAUUUGAAAAGCCGUGAAGGCUGAUGAGUGUAGACGAAGUAAGAGCUGUCCACUGCCUGCUGAGACUUUAGCCUAAACCGGGGAUUUUUAGAGUGUGGAUUUGAAAGAGUCAAGUAUUGCUCUGAACAAUUGAUUUUGAAAAAGCCACAGAGAGACGUGGUGUGAUACAGUGGGAGAAAUGCUAGACCAUUAAAAUUUCCUUACUCUGGAUUCUCUCUUAAGUUUAUGCGUGUGGAACAUCCAGAAGACCUUGAAUACUGCAUUUGAUGUGUUAGGAUUUUACCUUUAGGAACACUACAACUGAAGAGAGUGUACUGAAUAAAGAAAUAACUUUUCAUUUAUGUCAGCUACUUUGUCAUCAUAAAUCUGCAACACAAAAGAAACAAGUCUACAUGGCCAAACUAAUACUAUUUGAAAAGAUUGCAUAGUUUUUGGCCUUUCCAAAAUGCAGUUAACUUGUUGGGUAUAUUUCCAUUUUCCAGCUAUAAACAGUCUAGCUGCUUGGAACUUUCUCUAUUGUUGGUGCAGAAGUCACUCAACGAAAAGCACCUUCAGAAACAGGCCUCAGCAGAUCUGGGUCCUGUAGGCUCACGUAACAGUAUUUCUAACUCCAUUAGCAAUUGAAACCAGGCAUAACUAAGCUUGGUUACAUAGCUGUGUGUGACUGAGAGGCCCAUUUUGUGUCAUUUCUGCACUCCUGUCAGUUGUUGACACCUUGUUAGAGGCACUGAAUUUUAGUUUCACAGUUCUUCAUUUCACCUCCCAAGGAGUGGGCAAUCUACCAAACCCUUCCAGAUCAACACUUUGCUGCGAAGUAGUAAAUUCAAAAGAGUUUUAACAUGUCAAACUUGAAGCCAAUUCAGUAACCUUAUUUGUUCCAAGACUCUUAAUCAACACUGUGAUAUAAACUUAGCACUUGGGAAAUUUGUGUAAUUGGCAACUUACUUGGAAGUGUGAAGAUAUGAAAAUGGCAGCUAGCUAACUCCAUCUAAGCUCCCAUGCGGUUUCUCCCAAGGAAGGAAUUAGAGAAGCAAAUCAAGCCUCAUUCAGUAGGUUGUCUGUCCCCAAAUGGAGCUUGCUGGAUUCAUUUCCCCUCCACCCUCUGCCCCUCUCCCACCCACCCUGGUGAUAAACAGUAACAGAGGACCUUUCCCUUCUCAUUCGUCCGGUCUCUGGUAUGACAGAUAGUUCAAUUCAAUCAAGAACUCAAAUAAACCCCUGCAUAUUACACCUGUGAGGCACUUGUUCAUGAUUAUCUUCUCCAUUCUAUAAUCUGGGGAAGACUGACUUAAUCUCAAUAUUUUAUAUGAAAGUGGUAGCUACAGCCUUUAAUUUAUUCUUCUACAUGCCAUCUAUGCUCAUUUAAUUUUCUUUUUUUAAUCUUCUUUUAAAUGUACUAAGAAUCUCCAGUCUCUCCUUUUCUAGAAGCUGAUCCAAAUACUACUUUGGGCUUUUUUUUUUUAUGCUUUGUGUGAAAUUUGAUAGCGUUGGGCUAGUGAAAUGCAAAUGAACCCAGAAUUUCCAGCAGAAAUUCACCUCCCAAGAAUUUGGCAUCCUUCUCCAUGGUGUAAACAACCUUCUACCACAGUCAGGCUGUCGGGUAGCCUGAGCAUUUCCCUAAAUUUCACCUGUGCAGACACCAAGGGACUCUCUGUCUUUGAAACUAAAAAUGUCUUAAAAGAGAAUGGAUAUAUCUCCCCAUACGUGGUGUGAGCUGCCAAUGCGUUAUCUUAUAUUUAGCAUAUAAAGUAAGAAAUCAGACGUUUUCGGGCAAGCAUGCACAGUGGUUUAUCAAUCUCUUUGGCAAAGUUGUACCUACUUUCCUUCAUUGUUCUCUUCCAGAGCGCUCUUCCCUUCCUGUCUCAUGAAACAAAUAUAUUCUUGAUUGUUCAUCUGGGUCAGCUUGCCAGGUCUGCCUUUCCAAAAUAAAAAGCUAAUCCCAAAGACCACUGAAUAUACAGGGAAAUUACUUUCUACCUCCCCAUGACACAGAUGAUAAAAGUGUUCAGGAAUGAACAAUUCUCUGGGAACUCUUAAGAUGGACUUUGAAUUCCAGGUUUCUUUCUAUGAGGUAUUCAAAAGUGGAUAUAUACCAUACAAAAACUGGACUACUCUUUCCAGUAAGAAACUAGAAAGAGAUUAAAAAUCUUUACAUUUUAGAUAGGCUUGAGUGAACUAUAAAUUGCUCAUUUUUUCCUUUCUUCUUGGCAACUUGUCCCUACCUAUAAUCUUAUUUCUUCAAACCUGACCACCAAGGCAUAAAGAAGGUGGUCUCAGCCUCAUGGACAGUGCACUCUCUGUAAUCCUACCAAGACGUCCAUUUGCUUUGGAAACAAAUCCAUGAGUGAGGAGACAACACUAGUGACAAUUCUCCUGUCUGCCCAGGGUGACACAAAUAGGGUUUUUUUGGUCUACCAAAGGGAUAGGUUUAUUCCAAGUCAUUAAUUUUACAAUUUGUUAAUUUCCCGACACAAAUAACAUGACCCUACUGUUAGAAGGAUGUAUAAUCUUCAAAGAGAGAAGUAUUGAGAAAAAAAGGACUUCUCUUUAAAGAAACAAUAUAAGAUAGCCCUCAAAUAAGGCAAAAAAUUUUAAAAUUAGAAAUUGAAUACUUUUUGAGGUUCUUUAGAGAAAACUUGUCAUUGAUUGAGCGUAAUCUUUUUCCCAUUAUUGAGUUUUAAUUUAGACGAGGAGAGGAAGCAGUGUGCCCCUGACCUUUGAUCUAGUGGAUUGUGCUUUGGCCUGGAGAAUCAUCACUGGCUUGCUUGCCCAGAACCUAAGUGAUAUCGGUCAGCAUCCUAAUAGGAAUCAGGCCAAACAGAAAUGUAAAUUAUUUCAUUUCUGUUAGGGUUUAAUUUUUUUAGCAGCACCCAGGACGCUACUUCCGAAAAUGCAUUUGAUCAGUGCAGUUAUGUGUCUUCCUUCAGCCUUGUGAGAUUGCAAGGGAUGGGAUGAGGGAGAAAAACAAGAGAUGGGGAGAAGGAAAAUUUGAACGAGGCUAGUGCAAUGUUUUGCUGAAAUAAUGCAUUGUUAGGGAGCCGGUGAUUUUUGCCAUGGUUGUGGUAUGGGCAGCCUUGGAAACUCAAGGAAUCUGUAUUAGUAAAUCGGAGUGCCCAGUGUCUUGCAUUGGUCAGUGCCUGACAGUGUGCUGUAAAAGCAGGUAGCCCAAAGAAAUUGGCCUGUGCUUGCUUUAAUAACUCUAAAUUUCAGAUUCAUUUCCACGGGAUUGGUUGUCCAUGGCCGUUCCAGUUUUCUCUAUGCUUCUCAAACAUCAUUUUGGCAUCUAGCUUCAUUUAUUUCACUUUUUUCCUUUCAAUACUUCCGCUUCAGCCUCCCCUUCCUUCACACCCUACGGCUAUUUUUUCCUCACUUUACAGUUUCUCCCAGACCCAGCUUUUUUCACCUCUCCCCGUCACAGACAGCCGAAUGUCUCCCUGAGCCCUUGUUCUGUUCCACAGCCCUUUGGACAGAACGCUCCACUGUCACCAAAUGAGACACAGUGCUGUGGCUGCCUCUUGUUAAUGUCAGCGUCACCUCAUCACUUAGGCAAAGAGGGAAAAAUCCAUAAAAGAGAUGGAAAAUACAUUUCUUUUUCAUUUUCUUCUACUUUAUUUUAAGAAGUUCCAGGGGAGGGUUGUUGUAGUCCUUCUCGAUUUCUCAUAGAUUUUUACUUUAAAACUGUCUAAUUAGGAACCAUUCUUUUGAUAAAAUAUAAAUCAGUCUGGGUCACCAGCUACGAUGCAUCAGACUAAAUUUUUGAAUCUCAAGUAACUUUUCUGUGCUGCCGGGCAAAUUAAUUCUGUGCAAGCAUUUUGAAUCAUACACUUUUCAUUGCCGCUCCAUUCUUACUGCUACUCAUGAUUCAAACAUCUACACGAAUCUGGAUCAGGAUGUUGACAAUGUGUGGUUAUUUUCAGAUCAAGAGUAGCUAUUACACUCUUGAAAGUGCUUAACAGCAAAGUAUAAGAAUGUCCUAGUCAACCGUUUGAUCUGGAAAAACCUUGGCUUUUCUGUUUAAUUAAUUAUUAUACCAAUUUGUAGGUGUAAUCUUAAAGGAUUUUAAGCAAUAUUGAAGACAGUUUGAGAAAUGAGAAGGCACUUUAAAGACAUGAAACCUUACAUUACGUGCUUUUGGAUAUUUUUUAAUGUAAUAAGCUAAUUGGAUUCAGGUAUUUUUCCCUUUAAAUUUUUAAAAAUAUGUAUUUCUAAUUUGCAUAUUUAAUUUUGUCAAAGCUCAGAAAUGCUUGUUAGUUGAAUUUGUAAAUGUCAUUUGCAACCAAAUGAAGUAUUUAUUUUUAAAAAGAAAGGAUGAAGGAACCAAUAUUGAUUUGUACAUAAUGAAAAUAUGUGUGUGUGUAAAUAUAUAUAUUUUCCUCCUUGACUCUACUUGGUCAUCACAUCAAGUGUAUUUUUGUACAUAAUAUAUAUUGGUUAGAAAACAUCAGUUGUCUAUUCAAAGAAUACUAUCUCUGUGAUAGAUUAUCCUAAUCUGUUGAUACCUCUGUUAAUUUAAGAGAUAGAACUCUAUUUUUUGGAAUUUGCAGAGAACUGCGUUUGUGGCUUGCAAUUGUAAAUAUGCUAAGGGUAUUUUAAUAAAUCUUGGUUUCAUGUC